CUACUUAGUGAGAAAAAUUAUAAAAGAGAACAAAGACAACUGAAAGAGCAAUGAAGUAACCAAUGUACAGUAGGUAGAGUAUUUCUAUCAUAAAGGACGAUGACGAAGUCCUAAAAAUAAACUGUAUUACAAAAGAGGCAAUUGUAAAGUUUUCUAGAGGCCAUCAUACUGAAAGAUAAACUCGUCAGCUCUGUGAGACCCCAAUGGUCAGUCUUGCUUGCUCAGGAGUUUGCACAAUAGGGGUUCCAUGUCCUUUAGUUCUGGACAGGUAUAAAUACAAGAGUUAAAGCAGAGAGGAUGUCAGUUCACCUGUUGGGAACCACUUGAACAAACCAAUCCAUUCACCAUGACUAUGGGCAAGGUUAUCUUCUAUGAGGACAGGAACUUCAUGGGGCGCUCCUGGGAGUGCACCGGUGAUUGUGCCGAUAUGCACUCUUACAUGAGCCGCUGUCACUCCUGCAGGGUGGAGAGCGGAUGCUGGAUGGUCUACGACCGCAACAACUACAUGGGAAACCAGUAUUUCAUGAGAAGGGGCGAGUACCCUGACUACAUGAACAUGUGGGGCUGGGGCAACAACUACAUCAGGUCCUGCCGCAUGAUCCCCAUGUACAGAGGAUCCUACAGAAUGAGGCUCUAUGAGAGGGACAACUUCAUGGGUCAGAUGAUGGAGGCGACGGACGACUGUGAUUCUUUCAUGGAUCGCUACCACUGGUCCAGCGGCUGCAUGUCCUGCCACGUGAUGGACGGCCACUGGCUCAUGUAUGAGUAUCCAAACUACAGAGGCAGGAUGUGGUACUUCAGGCCCGGAGAGUACAGGAACUUCAGGGACUACGGUGGCAUGAGGUUCAUGAGCAUGAGGCGCAUCAUGGACUCCUGGUAUUAG